UGUUGCAGGGCGGGGAAUGUCGGCUACGGCGACUGUGGCGGCUUAGGCUGGCAGUGGCGGCAGCUCCUGGUGCAGUUCGGCGCGCAGCCAGCUCUAAAGUUCGGAACGGAACGCUCGGCGUCGCGGAUCCCGCCCGGAAAGUUUGUCGCGGAGCCGCUACCUUCAGGCUGGCGCGACCCGGCAUGAAGCGGCGCUGAGGAGCUGUCGCCGCUGUAGCUGCCCCCGUCGCUGCCGCCGCCUGAGGAGCCACAGCACCCUGGGCCACGCCGAUGACUACUGCAAACUGUGGCGCCCACGACGAGCUCGACUUCAAACUCGUCUUUGGCGAGGAAGGGGCGCCGGCGCCGCCGCCUCCGGGCUCGCGGCCUGCAGAUCUUGAACCAGAUGAUUGUGCAUCCAUUUACAUCUUUAAUGUAGAUCCACCUCCAUCUACUUUAAACUCACCACUUUGCUUACCACAUCAUGGAUUACCGUCUCACCCUUCUAUUUUGUCAUCAUCGUUUCAGCUCCAAGGUCACAAAAACUAUGAAGGAACUUGUGAGAUUCCAGAAUCUAAAUACAGCCCAUUAGGUGGUCCCAAACCAUUUGAGUGCCCAAGUAUUCAAAUCACAUCCAUCUCUCCUAACUGUCAUCAAGAAGUAGAUGCUCAUGAAGAUGACCUACACAUAAAUGACCCAGAAAAGGAAUAUUUGGAAAGACCUUCUAGAGAUCAUCUCUAUCUUCCUCUUGAGCCAUCUUACCGAGAGUCUUCCCUUAGUCCUAGUCCUGCCAGCAGCAUCUCUUCUAGAAGCUGGUUCUCAGAUGCAUCUUCUUGUGAAUCUCUUUCACAUAUUUAUGAUGAUGUGGAUUCAGAAUUGAAUGAAGCUGCUGCCCGAUUUACUCUUGGAUCCCCUCUGACUUCUCCUGGUGGCUCUCCAGGGGGCUGCCCUGGAGAAGAAUCCUGGCAUCAGCAAUAUGGACUUGGACACUCACUGUCACCCAGGCAAUCUCCUUGCCACUCUCCUAGAUCUAGUAUCACUGAUGAGAAUUGGCUGAGCCCCAGGCCAGCCUCAGGACCCUCAUCAAGGCCUACUUCCCCCUGUGGGAAACGGCGACACUCUAGUGCUGAGGUUUGUUAUGCUGGGUCCCUUUCACCCCAUCACUCACCUGUUCCUUCUCCUGGUCACUCCCCCAGGGGAAGUGUAACAGAAGAUACGUGGCUCAAUGCUUCUGUCCAGGGUGGAUCAGGCCUUGGUCCAGCACUUCUUCCACCAUUUCAAUACUACGUAGAGACUGAUAUCCCUCUAAAAACAAGGAAGACUUCUGAAGAUCAAGCUACUGUACUACCAGGAAACUUAGAGCUCUGUUCAGAUGACCAAGGGAAUUUAUCACCAUCCCGGGAGACUUCAAUAGAUGAUGGCCUUGGAUCUCAGUAUGCUUUAAAGAAAGAUUCAUCUGGUGACCACUUUCUUUCAGUUCCUUCACCCUUUACCUGGAGCAAACCCAAGCCUGGCCACACCCCUAUAUUUCGCACAUCUUCAUUACCUCCACUAGACUGGCCUUUACCUACUCAUUUUGGACAAUGUGAACUGAAAAUAGAAGUGCAACCUAAAACUCAUCAUCGAGCCCAUUAUGAAACUGAAGGUAGCCGAGGAGCAGUAAAAGCAUCUACUGGCGGACACCCUGUUGUGAAGCUGCUGGGCUAUAGUGAAAAGCCGAUAAAUCUACAGAUGUUUAUUGGAACAGCAGAUGAUCGAUAUUUACGACCUCAUGCAUUUUACCAGGUGCAUCGAAUCACUGGGAAGACAGUUGCUACUGCAAGCCAGGAGAUAAUAAUUGCCAGCACAAAGGUUCUGGAAAUUCCACUUCUUCCUGAAAACAAUAUGUCAGCCAGUAUUGACUGUGCAGGUAUUUUGAAACUCCGAAAUUCAGAUAUAGAACUUCGAAAAGGAGAAACUGAUAUUGGCAGAAAGAAUACUAGAGUACGACUUGUGUUUCGUGUACACAUCCCACAGCCCAAUGGAAAAGUCCUUUCUCUGCAGACAGCUUCUAUACCUGUUGAGUGCUCCCAGCGGUCUGCUCAAGAACUUCCUCAUAUUGAGAAGUACAGUAUCAACAGUUGUUCUGUAAAUGGAGGUCAUGAAAUGAUUGUGACUGGAUCUAAUUUUCUUCCAGAAUCGAAAAUCAUUUUUCUUGAAAAAGGACAAGAUGGACGACCUCAAUGGGAGGUAGAAGGGAAAAUAAUCAGGGAAAAAUGUCAAGGGGCUCACAUUGUCCUUGAAGUUCCUCCAUAUCAUAACCCAGCAGUUACAGCUGCAGUGCAGGUGCACUUUUAUCUUUGCAAUGGCAAGAGGAAAAAAAGCCAGUCUCAACGUUUUACUUACACACCAGUUUUGAUGAAGCAAGAACACAGAGAAGAAAUUGACUUGUCUUCGGUUCCAUCAUUGCCUGUGCCUCAUCCUGCCCAGACCCAGAGGCCUUCCUCAGAUACAGGACAUCCAUGUGACAGUGUACUGUCAGCACAGAGAAGCUUGGUUUGUCCCAUCCAGCAAACAUAUGCAUCCAUGGUAACCUCAUCUCAUCUGCCACAGUUGCAGUGUAGGGAUGAGAGUGCUGGUAAAGAACAGCAUAUGUUACCUUCUUCAGUCAUGCACCAGCCUUUUCAAGUCACACCAACACCUCCAGUGGGGUCUUCCUAUCAGCCUAUGCAAACUAAUGUUGUGUAUAAUGGACCAACUUGUCUUCCUAUUAAUGCUGCCUCUAGUCAAGAAUUUGUUCCUGUUUUGUUUCAGCAAGAUGCAGCUCUUCCUAGUUUAAUAAAUCUUGGCUGCCAGCCAUCAUCAUCCAUACCUUUUCAUUCUUCAAAUUCAGGCUCAACAGGACAUCUCUUAGCCCAUACACCUCAUUCUGUGCAGACCCUGCCUCAUCUACAGUCAAUGGAAUACCAUUGUUCAAACACAGGACAAAGAUCUCUUUCUUCUCCAGUGACUGACCAGGUCACAGGUCAGCCUUCCCCUCAGUUACAGUCCAUCACAUAUGGUUCUUCACAAUUAGGGUCUGCUACAACAGUUUCCCCAGCAGCUUCUCAUCCCUUGGCCAGUUCACCACUUUCUGGACCACCGUCUCCUCAGCUCCAGGCUAUGCCUUACCAACCUCCUAGCUCAGGAACCACCUCAUCACCAACUCUAGCCACUAGAAUGCAUUCUGGACAACAUUCAACUCAAGCACAGAGUACAGGCCAGGGAGGUCUUUCUGCACCUUCAUCCUUAAUAUGUCACAAUUUGUGUGAUCCAGCUUCAUUUCCAUCUGAUAAGGCAACUGUGAACAUUAAACCUGAACCUGAAGAGCAAGAACCUAACUUUUCAACAAUUGGUCUACAGGACAUCACUUUAGAUGAUGACCAGUUUAUAUCUGACUUGGAACACCAGCCAUCAGGUUCAGCAGAGAAAUGGCCUAACCACAAUGAGCUCUCAUGUCCACUUCCUUUCUGGAGAAUCUAGAGGUGAACGAGAUAAUUGGGAGAGACAUGUCUCAGAUUUCCGUUUCCCAAGGAACAGGGGUGAGCAGGCAGGCUCCCCUCCCUGGUCCCGAUUCCUUGGAUUUAGGAAGAUCUGAUGAGCUCUGACAGUGCUCGCUGCAACCUUGCAUCCACCACCACCAUAUACUUCUCAGCAUGUUUCUCUCCUUGGACCUUGGGUUUCCAACUCUGCGGCCUUCAGGACUGGCGCCAGGAGUUGGGAUCACUGGGGAAAGCAGCAGUCCUCCACCUCAGGACUUGGGUAGAUUUUGUAAAAGAUCAGGAACAGCAGAGGCUGUUUGAGCUUGGGGAAAUGAGCUUUGCUUUUUAUUUUUGAAUAGGAUACUUUUAUAUGAUGGGUGCUUUGAGUGUGAAUGCAGCAGGCUCUUCAUUUCAGAGGUGCUGCUUUUGCAGAUGACCUCAUUGCUUAGCUAGAAUUAGUGAUUUGAACUGCUUUGUGGUCAUUUGAAGGACCUUUUAGCUUUAAUGAUAUUUUUAAAAUAGGAACUUUUGAUAAAACCUUCCAGAGGCAAACAUAAAAGAAAAAAAUUGUCCAAGCCCACACCUAUGCCUCAGAAACUCAGCAUGUGUCCUGAAGCCUUUCAUAGAAUCAUAGGAAAUAAAGCCAAAUGUAGCUCAUACCUCUUCAAAAGUAAACUGUUAGAUAAAAUGAGAAGAGACCAUUCCAAUCAUUGAAGUGUUGGAAUAUUAAAUGACAUUCCAGAGCAUAGCCUUUUUGUAACUUUCUAGAUAUUCCUGCAGUCUCUCCAUUUUGACUUCAUGUUGAAAUUGCUUUUUUUUCCCUCAGGGCCUUGGGUAAGAUAGCUACUAUGAGGUGACUGUGAAAGGUGAAGUUUUAGCUUCAUAGCUUUAAGUUCCUGCCAUCCUACAAACAAGUGCUCUUCCUUUUUGUGUCCUUUUGUAAGUGGAAGCAUUAGCCUUUGGCUGCUCUGUAACCUUUGAAGCCAGUCUCAUGAUGGUUUAGGCAAUUUUGCUGGUUCUAACUCAUCUCCAGGGGCCAGGUUGUGUCAGGAACUAAGCACAAAUGAGUGAUGCUUCAGAACAAGAGCAGAGAAAGCACAAGACUCCAGAUGGGAAGCUUUUAAGAUUCAUACUGGCACGGAAGGCUUAUCCCUCAUUCUGUUUACAGCCUAAAAAGAUUCUGGCCUACCCUGUUCCAUCUGCAUGGCCUAAAAACCAGCCUUUUCCCCAAAAGGCUUUGAGCCAAAUAAAAAAAUGAGGUAGCAUCAUAAACCUGACCCUCCAGACCAAAGAUGCCCUGGUGCUGCUGCAGGUGAAGCUGGCACUCAAGACAGGGGCCAGCAAGAAGCUCCAGCCUGCUGUCUACCAAAGGAGUGCCCAACUUGGGUGCUUUCUUCAAGCCCCAUCCUUACCACUCCCAUUAAUAGGAUAAGUUACUUGGUCCAAGGCCUGGGUCAUUUCAAAGCUUGUAGUAUGUUUUCAUGUGAAAUUAUGUACUUUAUUUAUUCAGAAAGCAAAAUUGUUGAGUGCCUACAUAUGAGACCGUGUGCUAGGCUGGUUAAAGGUCUGAUGUUAUUCCAGGGGAUUGUGGGUCCUAGAUGCCAGGAUUCUCUACUGACAUCAGGUGAGUCCUGGGCAGAGGAAGCUUGUUCAUUGCCUACCACCUAUAGUCACCCAGGUAGGAGCUAUUGACCCAUGAUGAGGAAGUGUUUGUUUUUUACUCUCUUUAAACCAUGUUUUAGAUUUUUCCCUUAAAACUAGUUAAGAAAAAAUGUCUGUCCUUCAGCAAAUCACUCUGGUCCUCUUGGAGCUGGGUGUUUUCAUAUUUUCUUUGAAAAUGUAGUGUAGUGAGAUAUUUCAGGGCUAUGGUUGGAAGCCCACAGCUUCCUUUGGAGGUUGUGGGGGGCUGGCCAAUAAGAUGAAGUUCCACAGAGCUGGUCAGACUUGCCUCCACCCUUUUGUCCCUGGUAUAGCUGCCUCACAUGGGUUUCUUACAAAAGUUCUCUUUGCAGGAUCCAUUGGGGGUUGCUUUGUUGUCCUCAAGAAUAAAAGCCUCUAUGAUCCAGAGUUGCUAUGCACCAAAUUUUGAUGCCUUUUAAAUACCUUGAUGCCUGUAGCACUAGAAAUGCUUUCCUAUUUAAAAUAAAAGUUGAAUUUUAAAAUAGAGCUUUGUAUACUAUGUAAGCAGUUUUGUAUCAGCUUUGUAAAAGCUUUGGUGUAAGAGUCAAUAUUUUUUGGCUUUGUAGAUAAAGACUUACAUUUUUGUGCAACAUAGUGGUAUAAAGCACACAUCCAUUGGACUAUGCAAUUUGGGUUGUAGUUAGCAGCACUGAGCAGCUGGGCAUAUGCUAGCACCUACUCCUACCCCUCCAGCCGGUGUGAGAUCUUGGAUUAAAGAAUGGGAUGAGCAGCCUUCUGCUUAUUAGAGACGCACAGAGAAACAUGGCUGAAAACAGCUUUAAAAGGAACAGCUGUCUCCAGGAUCACGUGUGGUGCUGCUGCCUGGGGUGCAGCCCACUGCUGCCCAGGGCUAGUCACUAUCAUCAGAGCUCUGCUGGGUCUGGCUGUGAAGCUGUUUUUGAUACUCAGAACAGAUGGUCAUCUUUAAGGCUCAGAUGGGCUCAAGUUGAAACCUUGUAUUUUAUAAAAUGGAUGAUGUUCAGUUUACAGCACUCGGGAUUGUGUUUUCUUGUACAUUUUGUAUUUUAAAACCUUUUAUAGGAGUACAGUGCUCCUUACACAAUACAAAGGGAAGAGCCAGCAAUUCAGGCUCCUCAGUUACAGUGCUGAAAUAAUAAACGAUGACAGGUCAACAGUC